CUUGUAAUAAUACUUUUGUUAGCGACAAAUGGCCUUAUUUGGCUUCUACGUUUCUGCCGGUUCCAAAUACAAAUAUUGUAUACAUCUGCAUUUGUUUACUCAUAAUAUAUCAAGAACACGAGACAGAGAGAGACUCUGCCUUGUCUAUUUUUAUGUGACUCCUCUCUUUAAAGAGAGAGGUGUUAGGGUUUUGCUGCUGCUGCAACAUUAGGUCCACAUCAAGAACUUGUUUCAAGAAUACAUUAAUGGAGACUUCACCAUAAUCAAGUAUUUUAUAGGGAUCUUUCAAGAAUCCAAGAUUAUUAUGUGCAGAGUUUAUAUAAAAAAAGAAGUAUACAAGAUUCUGAGUGUUCCCACUUAAGUUGUUUAAUGUCAGAGUUGAGUAAACAAAAAAGGUGGGUUUUUGAGCAUGCCCAUAUGAAGAUUUCUGGGAUUCAAUAUCAGUUUAUGCAGAAAGAUGGAGUCUUUACAUACCCACCUCCUCUUUCUUCUUCAAUUACAUCUCCAUAUAGUGUUACUAGUACUACUUCUCAUUUAAAGUCCUCUUCUUCAGGCAGUAAAAUUAGCCCUUUUGUUCUUAUAAUCAUUGUUGUUUUAGCUGUUCUUUUUUUCAUCUCUGGACUUCUCCACUUGCUUGUUCGAUUUCUCACAAAACAUUCAUCCUCUACGGCGUCUCAGUCGGAUAGAUUCCCGGAGAUUUCUAGCGCUGAUGCUCUUCAGAGACAGCUACAGCAAUUGUUUCAUCUACAUGACUCUGGUUUGGAUCAAGCUUUUAUUGAUGCUUUACCUGUUUUCGUGUACAAGGAAAUUAAGGGUCUUAAACAACCAUUUGAUUGUGCUGUUUGUUUGUGUGAAUUUAAUGAAAAUGAUAAGUUGAGAUUGCUUCCCACUUGCAGUCAUGCUUUUCACCUCAGUUGUAUCGAUACAUGGCUACUCUCAAACUCAUCGUGUCCUCUUUGUAGAGGUACUCUAUUUAGUCCUGGAUUCCCAAUCGAAAACCCGAUGUUUGAUUUUGAUGAUCCAAGAGAAGAGGAGUUUCAUGGUAUUAGAGAAAAUGAGGCAUCUUCCAAUCAGAAAAGUGUGAUUGAGGAAAGUGUAGUUGAUAAGGGGCUUUUACCUGUUAGGCUUGGCAAAUUUAGAAAGUUGAAUCACCGGGCUGAAGAGGCUGGUGAGGAGACGAGUAGCAGUAAUUUGGACGCGAGAAGGUGCUACUCAAUGGGUUCGUAUCAAUAUGUCGUUGAUGAUAUUACACUUGAAGUGGCUUUAAACAGUGGGAGAGAUGGUCGUAUAUCAGAGCUUCACGGCCAGGAUUUCUCGGGUGAUGACAAUGACAGAGGGAAGAAGAUUAGUGUUGGGACAAAGACUGAUAGCUACUCUAUUUCAAAGAUCUGGCUCUGGUCUAAGAAAGGAAAGUUUGCAAGUUCUUCGGAAACUCAAUUGAAUUAUUCAUUAUCUUCUGAUACAGCGCUUCCUUGGAUUGAUAGACCUUAAGGUAACUGAAUACUGUAUAGAUUUUUAUCUUUUGAUCGAUUAUUCAACCUUUGGAGCUUUGUAGCUUCUUUUGUUGUUACUCAUUCUAGCAGGAAUUUUUGAGAGGGCCUAUCGAAGGUUCUUUGAGAUCUCAGGGGACAUCCUUAAAUGAGUGCUUCGAAUUAUUAUUCGCCAUUAAUUAAAAAAAUGUCAUCCAUCAAA